AUGGAUUCAUAUGGGUUUCUACGGAUGCAUGAUUUGCUCCAACAAAUGGGUCAGGAAGUUGUCCGCCGAGAAUCUCCCGAUGAGCCCGGCAGGCGUAGCAGGUUGUGGAACCGUAAAGACGUCAAUUAUAUCUUGAGCCAAAAUGCAGGAACAGAAACAAUUGAAGGUAUAAUGGUGGACGUCGAAUACCUAGGAGUUGUCCACGUGAACUCUAAAUCCUUUUCAAAGAAGAACAAACUCAGAUACCUCAAGCUAAUGGUUCACUGGAAACAUCUCUUUUUCCAACAUCUGGAGAAGCAAGGCUGCAUGAAUGUGGAUUUUAUUCCACCUAGGUCAAGGUGUGAAUUUGUGGUUCCUGGGAAUGAAAUUCCAGAGUGGGUGAAUCAUAAAAGCGUGGGGUCUCCAUCAGUCAGUGCAGAGCUGGAUCCGGGUUGGCUUACUGAUCAUAAGUGGAUCGGAUUUUCGCUGUGUGUUGUUUUUGCUGUCCCUGAACACCAGCUGUAUGGCUCAGAAGAAGAUCUUGAUAAUUUUUUGUGCAAACUGAGCAUCAAUGGAGAAGUCGGGACUCCGUCAGUGAAUUAUGCAUUGGAAUCCCUUCUUCCAGAUAUGUCGAACCAUCUUUGGUUAUGCUAUCUCCCACCUCAUGAAUGCUAUUUCUAUUUUUGGUGUGAGAAUAUUUACUCUAAUAUUGAAGCUUCAUUCGGAUUCAUUGGCUCAACGGUGGAAGUGAUCGAGUGUGGGUUCCAUUUAGUAUACGAGGAAGAUUUUGAGGUUCUCGUUAAGAAAACAUAG